CGCCCCUUUGUCCCUCACCAUGACUGGUACGCAAAGCGACAGGAUGGGCUCUCGAUCGAAGUAAUUACUAUCUCACCUUGAUCCCUCAUUAGCUCAAGACGAUAGGGAGGCGUCUGAUCUUCGCGCCGUGUGAAGCUACCACGUCCGCCUAGCAGAGCAUCUCGACAUGUCAUCUUCCUCACCUCUUUCCGUACCUGUACCCUUGCCCUUCAUAUCGGCAGGCUGGGCACCUCUGCAUGCCUCCAUCCUCACCCUUUCCUACGUGGGAGGCUUCUACCUCUCACCGGCUGUCCGUCGCUUGCCCAAAGAUGAUCCCAGGGUCAUGAGGAGUCGGAUAAAGGUUGCUGGCAUCGUCACUGCGCUCGGCUGGGCUGGCACUGGUCUGGCAUUGUGGAAGGCAGAGCCGAAUCCUCCGCACUGGUGCCUUCACCUCCCCAGGCUUCUACUGAUGCUGGGCAUCCCGCUACCCCUGACAGUUCCCUCUUUCCUACAAUCCUCCAUCUUGCCGCUCAAGCCAGGCCUGUGGGAGUACCUCACUUCUCACCUCCUACCAGCUCUGUUUCUCCCACUAGGCCUCACGAUGACUCUCUUCGCCGGUCCAAUCUACGUAGAGUACCUCUGGGACAACCUCCCCUUGCCCACCCUCUUGAGACCUUCCCGGACAUCAGGCAGCAAAGGCGCUCUAGCUAAAGCCCGAGAGUGGCUGUCAGGCUGGUGGAAUCUCUACGGGCUACGCAACUUCGUCGUCGGACCUCUCACAGAAGAGAUCAUCUGGCGCUCCUGCAUCCUCUCCGUCCACCACUUUUCCGGUGCUUCGAAGAAAUGGCUCAUAUUCGAGACCCCAUUGUACUUCGGAAUCGCUCACCUGCACCAUGCUUGGGAGACUUACAAGAGUAAAGGCAGCAACAAGAAUGCACUCGUAUUUGCCGCGCUGCAGUCGACCUUGCAAUUCUCUUACACCACACUGUUUGGGUGGUAUGCCAAUUUCCUAUUCCUCAGGACGGGCUCUAUCAUCCCACCACUGCUCAGUCAUACUUUUUGCAACAUCAUGGGCCUACCAAAUCCCGCCUCUGCAUUUGAGGAUUUUCCCGAGCACAAGCUCAAAAUCUCUCUGGCAUACCUUCUAGGCAUUGCAGGCUUCUGCUACGGCCUCAUGCCUCUCACAAGUCCUGACCUCUAUGGAGGUAGCAUCUUCUGGUCUUCCAGGCCCACUGCGUGAAGGGGGAGUAAGAUACAUUGCGAUGACAACGCCUAUCAGUCUGGUGAUUCGGGCCAUGAAAUGGUGAUUGGUUGUUU